GCAACCGAGUGUCUGGGACGCCUGUGCAGGGUCCGCCCGCAGCACUCGCUGCUCUGCCGGUGCCUGGUGCCCCGGCUCCCCGCGGCCAGCCCCGGCCCCUCCCCCGCCCCGGCCCCGGCCCCGGCCGGCCCCGAGGCGCCAUGUCCGUGCGGACGCUGCCCCUGCUCUUCCUGAACCUGGGCGGGGAGAUGCUCUACAUCCUGAACCAGCGCCUGCGGGAGCAGAACGUCCGGGCCGACAAGGUCCACAGAGUUAUGAAUGAUAUCAUCUCAACCAUGUUCAAUAAAAAGUUUUUGGAGGAGCUAUUCAAGCCCCAAGAGCUCUAUUCCAAGAAUGCCCUGAAAACAGUCUACAAUCGCCUGGCUCACACCUCCAUCAUGGGACUAAGCCCGGGCAGCAUGGAUAAGCUCUACGACUUGAUGACCAUGGCUUUCAAAUAUCAAGUGUUGCUGUGUCCCCGACCUAAAGAUGUAUUGCUGGUCACUUUCAACCACUUAGAUACCAUCAAGGAUUUUAUCCGUGACUCCCCAACCAUCGUGAACCAAGUGGAUGAAACCUUUCGGCAAAUAAUUGAAGUGUAUGGUUGUCUCUCUGCUGGUGAGUUCCAUCUCAUCAGACAGACCCUGCUGAUUUUCUUUCAGGACAUGCACAUCCCGGUGUCCAUAUUUCUAAAGGACAAAGUCCAGAAUUCAAAUGGCCGCUUUGUGUUGCCAAUAUCUGGGCCUGUUCCAUGGGGAAUCGAAGUUCCUGGACUCAUCAGGAUGUUUAAUAACAAAGGAGAAGAAGUGAAGAGAGUGGAAUUUAAGCAUGGCGGACACUAUGUCAGGGCACAAAGUGAAGGUUCUUUUGAUCUUUAUGGAGACAGAGUCCUCACACUAGGGACAAAUAUGUACAGCAUUAGUCGGCCAGUGGAAACACAUGUGUCUGGAGCAUCAAAGAACUCAGCUUUGAAAACUAAGGACAGCACUGCCCCGAACCCUCUUGCUAAAGAAGAACUGAAUUUCUUGGCCAGGUUGUUGGGAGGAAUGGAGAUUAACAAAACCAGUGGCCCUGAACCCGGAUUCCGGUUGAAUCUGUUUACCACUGAUGAAGAAGAAGAGCACGCAGCAUUAACCAGGCCAGAAGACUUAUCAUGCCAAGUUAUCAACAUUCAGGCAGCCCAGGAUCAGCAAAGAAAUGAAGAGCUAACUCGGAUCAUGGGGGAGUUUGAGAUCCAUGAUCAGCCCCAACACAACACCAGCAAAGGUGACGACUUGCUGGCCAUGAUGGAUGAAUUGUAACUGUAACCUGGCAAGCUGGGGGUCCCGCCUACAGCAGAGACUGCUGGACCAAAGCUGCCUGAGACCGGACUAGGACCCUCAAAGAUGCUGCUAGUUUUCUACCAAAUGGAGCCUUUAUCUCUUGUACUUUUUUGUAGUGUGACCAACCACACAAGCUUCUUUCCCUUGCUCAGAGCUCUCUCCCAAAGGCUCACUCGAGCACGCACAUACACACAUACGCGCGCGCACACACACACACACACACACACACACACACACACACACACACACACGGCACUCAGCUAAAUUCAUUCUGAUUUUCAAACUUGACCUUUCCAUGUUUCCUUUCCAAAUGUUGGAGCAGCUAUGGCUGGGCAGGCUCAGAUCCCAGCCCCAGAGUAUAUAAGGGGGCAGGAUCAUGUGUGCCUCCUCAGCUUUGCUCCCUCGACUUGCCUGUGGGAGGUCUGGAUCUUGUCAGCGUCUCUGAUUCUUAAUGGGGAAUCCAAAGGUUUCUGUUUGUGUUCUGCCUUGUAGGGGAUUUGGAAAGCUCUCUUCUCCCUAAUGUAGUAGGAGCAAGAAUCUCAGGGAGGCAGAGCAGUCAGGGCUGUAUCGUGGACUAUCCCAGCUGUGUCCUAAACAGGAACUGGGGAACAUGGAGAUGUACAGAUAUGUAGCUAUAUAUGUAUGUAUAUACACACACACACAAAGAAAAUGUUUUGCUUUUCAGCAUGGUCUGUGCUUCUUCCCCCCAGCUUUUUGUCCACUGCUUCCUCUAUCUCUGCCGUCCCCAGGCUGGCAUACCAGAUAACCAAGAGGUCACGAGGUGUGUCUCACAAAGCCAGUGCUUUGUGCUCAGGUGACUGACAUACCACAGGGAGCUGUCACUUUGCCUUUCCAUUACCAGCCAGGCAAUUUCCCUUCCUGAGGAAAAGAUUCCUAAGUCUAAUUAGGGCUCACUUAAAGUAUUCCUAGGCUUUGCCCUCUUUCUUUUCAGUAGAUUGAAACCAAUUCAGCCUCUUGCUGUUGAAGCAGGAGUGAUCUGAGGAGCCCCUCCCUCCCAUCUGCUAGACUGUAACCUAUGGGAGCUAGCCCAUGGAGCGUGCUUUGCAACCGGGGAGGCCGAGGGCCAUCCCAUGGAGCAUGCAUGGGGAUGGGCCUGCACCUCAGUCCCUUCUAGUGAACCAGAUGCGCUCUUGCCUAGUGCUGAAGGAUUUGCACUUCGGAAUGAUGCAGUAAUCCUUUCUUGGUCCUUAUGAACCAUGGCUGGUUCAGUUCCAAAUAAAGUAUAUAGAUUAGACUUAAAUUAUUUAUAUAUAGGAAGCAUCCAGCUUGGUGAUGUAGGACCUCAUGAGGGGUGACUUGGCUUCUUCCACUCCCCCCACCCCCUUUACCUGUUGUGUCCAAGCUAAAACAAGCCUCUUCCGUAGUGAGAACAAGGGUAGAGAUGACCCCAUUCUCAUCUUUAAAAGGGUAGCAUCAGACAUACUCUAGAACUGUGGACUGUGCCCUGGCACUGGAAGAGGGUUUUGAUAUGAUGAAUAAGUCUUCUUUACAAACCAGACAAGUUUAAGUUGCUUCCUGCUCAUCUAUCUCACAAAAGCGCCCCACCCCCCACCUCAGUAAAGUGUGUGGUAGAUGGGGGUAGCAUGCAUUAACACUCGUCAAGGGUUUACAAAGUGCCUUCUGUUCAGCCCCUUUCUUUGACACAAUUUGGGCUCCCUUUGAAGGGGGUAGUUUGGCUGGGUGCUAAGCAAGGGGGAAAUGUUCCAGCCUGUUUCAAGGCUAGCUCCUACCCCUUUGUUUAAGUAUGGCUGAGCAUAUGCUGCAAAGCCAGAUUUUACCAGCUGCCAGGAGCAUGUCCUCUGGACCCCUGGAGGUGAGCCACAAACUGCCAACAAGAGGCGGCCACCUCCCAAUAACAUAUUCCUGAGCGAUGCCAGUGAUUUCAAACAUAUCUGUCUUCUUGGUAAAUAAACAAGAUAAAAAUCUUUAGCCCUAAA